AUGAUCCGCCCCAAUCGCAGCUCGAGUCGGCUGAGCAUGAGCAGCAAGGUCGGAGGAAGCCGCGCCUCAGACGACGAUACCAAGACAGCGGUCAAAGUGGUUGUGCGCGUCCGCCCCCCGCUCAAGCAGGACGACCCCAGCUUCGACCUUGUCCCGCAGCGGUUCCGCUCCCCGCGCUGCCAUGUCACCUCGCCCUCCAGUCUCGCCGUCGACCCAGCUUCGGGCGGCCGAAAGGUCUUCGUCUUCGACCGUGUGUUUGGCGAGGACGUUGACCAGGAGGGCGUCUUCGAAUAUGUCGGCGAAAGCGUCAACUCUUUCGUCGAGGGCUACAACGUCUCCAUCCUCGCCUAUGGUCAGUCGGGCGCCGGCAAGUCGUAUACCAUGGGCACCACAGGGCCCGCCGACCAGGCAGACGCCCAGGCCAUGGGCAUCAUCCCUCGCGCCGCUGCGCUGCUCUACGAAAAGCUCCAGGGCCCUAGCGCUCGCGCGCCUGGCUCUGGCCUGCGCCCUCCCAACUCGCGUGUCUCGAGCAUGGGUUCACACAACUUCCCCACCAAAUCGUCCCCCAAGAAAGACUGGCAGCUCACGGCGACCUACGUAGAGAUCUACAACGAACAGCUGCGCGACCUCCUGCUCUCCGACACGGUGCCGCACAACUCGCGUCCUGAAGUCGCUAUUCGCGAGGAGCCUGGAGGCCGCAUCAUACUCGCCGGUCUUACCCAAGUGCUCAUCAACUCAGUCGAGGACUUGCUGAACGCGCUCAACUUUGGUUCCGCCAUUCGCCAGACGGAUGCAACCGCUCAAAACGCAAAAUCUUCUCGUUCCCACGCCGUCUUCAGUCUGAACCUUGUCCAGAAGAAGAGCUCCUCUGCACCCCUCUCGACGCGCGAGAAACGCAGAUCGGUGCCUCUCGAAGCCAUGUCUGGCUCAGGCGACAGCCUCGUCACAAUCGACAGCAAGCUGCACUUUGUCGAUCUGGCAGGAAGUGAAAGGCUGAAGAACACACAAGCUUCGGGCGAGAGGGCGAGGGAGGGUAUUUCCAUCAACGCCGGACUGGCAAGCCUGGGUAAGGUCAUCUCACAGCUGUCCUCGCGCCACGCCAACGCUCACAUCUCCUAUCGUGAUUCGCGCCUUACACGACUGCUUCAAGACUCGCUAGGUGGGAACGCUAUCACGUACAUGAUUGCCUGUAUCAACCCUGCGGAGUUUCAUCUCAGCGAAUCGUUGAACACGGUUCAGUACGCACAGCGUGCACGUGCAAUCCAGAUCAAGCCUCAGAUCCAGCAGAUCCACGAUGAUAGCGACAAACAGGCUACCAUCGUGCGACUGAGGAACGAAGUCCAAUUCCUGCGGGACCAGAUGAGGCUGUCGCAGAAUACCGAUCGGAUCAACGCCGAUCCGAACGAGCGCGCAAACCAGCAGUACGAGCGGGAGAUGGAACUGCAGAAUCAGUUGCUUGAUUUUCAAGAAAACUAUACAGCUCUCAGCCUUCGCCACUCGAAAUUGAUCUCGGAGAUUUCUAGAGUGCGGGACAGCGACGCUGCAGACACACCGAUCCUUCGAGGUACCGUCGGAGACUCUGCACUUGAGCGGCUCAAGCGAUCCAACUCGUUUGCGGAUGCCGUCGAGGACGUGGUCUUGGAAUACGAAAAGACGAUCCAGGCGCUCGAAUCUUCCCUCUCACAUACGCGAACGUCCAUGUCUGGACAAGAAAGUGAUCUCCUGGAAAGAGAAGCUCGCAUCUCAUUGCUCGAAAGCCAGAACCAUCAACUGCAGGCGCGAAUCCAGAAAGCUGUAGAGAGGGACGCCAGCAACGAAGAAUACGUCAAGUCACUCGAACGUCAGAUCGACAGCUCGGUCUCCGGCAUCGAGAGAACUGACACGACCAUCUCUGAUCUGCGUGACAAGUUACAAAAGGCCCGCGAGAAUGAGACUAGCUGUGAAGAGUACAUCUCUACUCUCGAAGAGCGUCUUGCCGAGAACGAGCAAGAAGUCGAAGUCAUGACGCGCGAAAUCGAGCGCUUGAAGCAUGUGGUGGAGAGACAACGCAGCAUUGGAAAGCUUGACAACCUCCUGUAUGAGCUUGACGCUGUGCGUCAGACCGACGCAACAACAGACGAGGCCUCUACAAACGGUCACGUCAGGGGUCCCAGCGAUCCUUUUAUCCAAAAGCGAGCCUCUCUCGGUAGGCAAUCUCCACUUGAAGGCACUCGUCAUUUCAGCACGCCUGUAGAUGCUAUUGCAGAGGAGGAUGACACCGAGCGCCCUGCUACUGCCGGAGCCGCCAGCGCCAAGGGCGCGCGGGGCGACAGUCACUCGGUCAAGAGCAUCUCGGUCAAGGGCCUCACAGCAGAGAACGACAUGGAAGAGCCGUCAAGUCCUGCACAGUCCAGGUUCGUUCACGACAAGCUCGAUUCCGUCACGCAGGAGCUCUUUGAUCUUCGCGUCGAGCAUGAAGGAACCCUGCACGACUACGAGAAGCUCGCCAGUAAGUAUCAGGAAGCUUUGCGUACCUUGGCGUCUCUCCAAGACACCGUGGACGAGGCACGUCACGGAUCUUCUCGACCAUACUCUUUUUUAGGCAACACCGAAGCCAACGGUCUCGACAAGGAGCUUGGAAAGUCUACGUCUUCGCGUGCAUUGUCUGUGGAAUUAUUCUCAGCAGACUCUGGCAAUGUUACUACGCCUGAAUACAUUGCCGAGGCUGGUGACGAACAGCCUGAUGUUAGAAGAUCGUCGACCGCUUCCACCGAGAGUGGAUACUCGGUCCCGAAGUCAAUACUGGUUCAGGAGCUGCAGGCCCUAAAGACACUGCAUGCUGAGAAAGAACAACGUGUCACUGAGCUCAAACGAGACUAUUCUGAACUCCAAGAGCAACACCAGGAUGCGUUGGAUUACGUUGAAGAGCUCAAGUCCGAGGUCACCAAGGCCCAAUUGACCGCGCGCCCGAGUUCUCCAUCACUUCACAUGAUUCGUCGCAAGUCUAGCCAAGCUCUGCUCUCGAAUGAUAGAUCCAACCGUGCCGUCAACUCGCUCCGUAGCUUGGCGCUGGACAAGCUUGAAGAAGAGUCCGCCUUGGCUUUUGAGAACAAUCUAAGUGCCAUUAUGACCGAGCUCAACACCAGGUCCGAAAGAGUCCAGGAGUUGGAAUCUGAAGUUACGUCUGUGCGGAAAGAGAUGGAGAGCAAGAUGACUCUGAUCAGCGGCCUGACAAAGGAACGAUCCAGUUUGAAAGCCUCCACGCCGCUCGAUAUCUCCAUCGUUGCUACCAUGCAAGACCAGAUCAGGCAAAACGAGGAGCAAAUGAGGGAGCUGAAGAACGCGCACGCUCAGCGGGAGCUUGAGCUUCGAGAGCAGGUGGCUCUCCUCACAGCUUCGGCAAGAUCGCCAGAGUCUUCAGACGAAGUACUGUCUGAUCGACAACUGUCCGACACCACGGAAGGCCACGGCAACCUGACUGGUGAAGAUGCGACACGCCAUCGACAGCUGAUCAGUCUCACAAACGAGGCCGCUCAAUGGCAAUCCAAGCAUCUCGAGGCCAUCGAAGCCACGAAAGUCUCGGAGAAGCAACAUCUUAGCACCGUUCGAGAGCUAGAGUCAGCUAUGGAGCAGCUCCAGGCGAACCACACCGCCCAACUGACCGAGCUAGAAGAUGUCAAAGGUGCCCAAGCAUCAGCAGCGCUUGAACAAGAGCGUGUCAAGCACGCAGAACUCGUUGCUGCUUUGCAAGCUCAGGUCGACGAGCACAAAGCAACUGCGGGUAGUAAUGCUGCCCGUCUAGCUGAGCUUGAGCAGUCCCACGCCAAUAUCAUCAAGCAGGUCGAAGAAUACUCAGAGGCCAGAGCAUUGACCGAAAAGGAACUCGAUACUCACAAAUCGCUCGUGGCCAACCUUGAGAAUCAGAUCGAGGAGCACAAGGCUGCCAUCGACUACCAUGAACAGGGCAUGGAUUCCCUACAGAAGUCUCAUGCCGCUGAGCUGGAGAAGCUGACAUCAGAACUAACAACGCACAAAGAGUCGACCACCGUGCUCCAGACCGACCUGUCAGAGACCAAGGGCGAAUUGGAGACACUGCUGCAUGGCAUAUCUACUGCUCUCAACCAAGAGACGGGCGUGGAUCAGGUGCAAUCGCAAAUUGAGUCUUUAGUCGAGUCCCGCAAGUCACUCACAACGCGUAUGGACGAAGCUCUUGACGAUCUUCAGGCAGCAAGACUCGAGCUAUCUGAUGCAACCAAGACAAUCGACACUCUCAAAGCUAACAUGAAAGAGUUCGAGGUUCUUAAUGCUGAAACCAUCAAGGAGCUCGAGCGCGUCAGCGAGAAAGAGCAGAAGAGCUCUCGUCUGGUUCAGGAGCUGGAAGACCAGCUUAAUCAGAAUUGGGAUCAGCAUGAGGCCACCAACAACCGAUUAUCUGCUCUUCAGACGGAGCGCAGUCGUGAGCUACAGGAUGUCAUUGUACAUCGCGAACAACUUGAGAAAGACUUUGAAGACUCCAGGGCGAAAGUCGCUAUUCUCGAGUCACAGCUUGCGGACAUGAAGAGAAACUCUAGCCGAGUCUCCGUGGACCCUCGCGAGGACCUCCAACGAUCCAAUUCUGACAACUCCAAUGCUCGCAAGAGCAUGUCGCAUACCUCUCUGCCCUCGCCGCCGCCAGCUAUUCCGCUGCCUCCUCUGCCACCAGGCAGUCCACCUCCCAAUCAAGCUAACGCUCCGUCACCGCCCGCCUCGCGUCACCAGAGUAAAGAUAUCGCAAACGCUCAGCUGGUUGAGGAUCAGGAGGCUCGCAUUCGCACCAUUGAGAAGCACUUGUUUGCUGAGAAGCAAUUGACGGCCACCCUUGAAGAUGCUCUGACGGACCUCGAAUCUUCGAGCCAGAGGACCAAGAGCGAUCUGGAUCAAUUCAGAAAGAAGUGCGCUGGACUUGAGGAGGAGCUCAGCAUCAUGCGCAAGGAGCGCAGCAUGGCGCGUCAUUCCCUCCAGGCUGUUGAGGAAGAGCGCAAUGCUCGUCUGCGCGUGGAGGCAGAGCGCGCACACCUCGAGGCUCGCAUGGCUGCUCUCAAUGAUGCUAACAAAAAGAGCAAGAAGAAGGGCACCUUGAACUGCUUCUAA